AACCAUUAUAUUUAUUCCCCCGCCAUUUCUGCAACAGAGAAUCUACAGGCGACCCGCCGCCCCACAGGAACGCCACUUGGCCCGGCCUCUCCGCCGUCCCUCUCCACCGUCCAUAAAGCCACCCGAUCAUCUCUCCUCCUCUCUCAUCCACCCUCCCCCCCAGCCCAUUAAAUUUCCAUCCAAAUUAUAUAUCUCCUGCUCCGAUCUUCGUUUACCUCCGCUACUUAUCCUUCCCGUUUCCUGGCCAUUCACUGUCGUGCCUUCGAGCUGCCCCGGUGAUCCCCCGUACUGCUUUGCUUCUUGACAGAAAAGGGAUUAGCUGGAAAUGGCCCCGAGCAUAUUGGUGACCGGAGGCGCCGGCUACAUUGGGAGUCACACGGUGCUCCAGCUCCUUCUCGGUGGUUUCAGGGUCGUCGUAGUCGAUAACCUGGACAACGCCUCCGAAAUCGCCAUUCACCGCGUCAAGGAGCUCGCGGGCGGGUUUGGCGGUAAUCUCUCCUUCCACAAGUUGGACCUUCGCGACAGACCAGCUUUGGAGAAAUUGUUUUCGUGCUCAAAGUUUGAUGCUGUCAUUCACUUUGCUGGACUGAAAGCAGUUGGUGAAAGUGUUCAAAAACCAUUGCUGUACUUUGAUAACAACCUGGUUGGGACGAUAACCCUGUUGGAAGUUAUGGCUGCCCAUGGAUGCAAGAAGCUUGUAUUUUCCUCAUCAGCCACUGUUUAUGGUUGGCCAAAGGAGGUUCCAUGUACAGAAGAGUUCCCACUUUGUGCAACGAAUCCAUAUGGACGAACAAAGCUUUUCAUUGAAGAAAUAUGCCGGGAUGUCUACCAGUCUGACCCUGGAUGGAAGAUCAUAUUGCUUAGAUACUUCAACCCAGUUGGAGCGCAUCCUAGUGGCUACAUUGGGGAGGACCCGCGUGGAAUCCCAAACAAUCUGAUGCCAUUUGUGCAGCAAGUUGCCGUUGGCAGGCGACCUGCCCUGACAGUUUAUGGAAACGACUAUUCAACAAAGGAUGGAACUGGGGUACGUGAUUAUAUCCACGUCAUUGACUUAGCAGAUGGGCACAUUGCUGCAUUGCGCAAAUUGGAUGAAUCUGGUAUAGGCUGUGAAGUGUAUAACCUUGGGACAGGGAAGGGAACAUCAGUCCUCGAGAUGGUUACAGCAUUUGAAAAGGCAUCUGGGAAGAAAAUUCCACUUGUUAUGGCUGGAAGGCGGCCCGGUGAUGCAGAAAUCGUGUAUGCAUCAACAGAGAAGGCUGAGAGCGAAUUGAACUGGAAGGCAAAGUAUGGAAUAGAGGAGAUGUGCAGGGACCAAUGGAACUGGGCCAGCAAAAACCCUUAUGGCUACGAAUCUCCAGAGCACUCCAAGUGAAGACUUGAGUCGAUAAAACUCGGAGUUCUAACUAUUGAUUAAGAAAAACAAGGGGAAAGCUCCCAGCUGUACUUUGUAUUAUCAGUGUCUUGGAAUAGUAGGCAUAAAUAAUUGCUGCCUAAAUAAUUGAUAAUGCAUCUGACCGGAGAAGUCGGGUUGUGUAGGGCAUUAUGGUCUUGCUGAUAGAUUAAUCCGGAGUUGGUUAAUUACUACAUUUACUGUACCAGUUGAUGGACUUCGUACAAUGCGAGCAUUUCACUGAUA